GGCGCGGCAUUGCCCCGCCCCGCGGUGACGGCUGCUGGUGCCUCUUUCCUGUUUCCGCUCGGCAGGCCGGCGCCCCGCAGGGUUGCGGGACCUGGGCGGCAGCCUUCCGUCGCUCGGCACGCCCGGAGGGUGCCCGGGGCGGCUCUGGGCCCCCCGCCGCCGGGUUUUCCCAAUAGAAAACCAGAAAAGAUGAUUGAUAUUAAGGCCUGGGCUGAAUACAUCGUGGAGUGGGCUGCAAAGGACCCAUACGGCUUUCUUACUACAGUGAUCUUGGCCCUUACACCAUUGUUCAUAAUUAGUGCAGCGCUUUCAUGGAAGCUUGCAAAAAUGAUUGAGGCCAGGGAACGAGAGCAAAAGAAGAAACAGAAACGCCAAGAGAAUAUUGCAAAAGCCAAACGAACGAAGAAGGAUUAAAUGGGGAAAAAAGAUCUUCCUUGUGCAAAGAAUCCACUUCCUAAAUGAAAUACUUACACAUUUUGUGUUGUAACUGUCCUUUGAUACUUGAUCCUCUUAUUGAUGCAGGGAAUUCCGUCCCUUCAGUGUAUUUUUUUUUUUUUCUGCUGAGAUGAUUUGUGUUAGUUUAUCCAAAUGACACUUGUUACAGUCAUUUAAUCUACUUGUUCUAGUCUAGGUUGCUUUUCUAAAUUUACAUGUUAAAUUAAAAAAAACAAUGUGUUGGGUGGCUCUGGACAUAGAUGGUUUUUUGUUUUUUUUCCCCUUAGCUGAGCUAUUGCCUAAGUGUCUUAAAAUUGUCAAAUUAUGGGGGAAAUUGUGAAUGGUAAACUGGAUUACAGAAAGGCAAGUUUUUGCGUACUUUUAGCAGAGCUGUAGAGAUGAGCUAGCGUCUUCCUUAGCAGCACGUUACCAAUUUCUUUUAAGGACACUGCAUAUGGCCCUGUGGUUCAUUCGGCUCUCUGCCCAGAGAGGCUGCUGCAGUGUCUUUGAUGGUGGGGUCAGUCUGCAAAAAGAACCUAUCUUAGCUCUUCCUGAACUACCAGCCAUCAACAGUAUUUAAAUUGAGCCCAAACUCUAGGAAUCCGAUUGCUUGUUAUAACUAUCUUCAUUUGUCUUGAGCCACUCCUAUGUUGUUUGGGUUUCCCUAAUGCUUACCUGAAUACUCCACCUGUAACUGUCUUCUGCCUUCAAACACUUUUUAUGCCUCAAAGAAUAGCCAUAAAUGGGAUGAGACCAAAGGCCCAGGUGGCCUAGUGUUCUGUGGAGAGUAUAGAAGGAGGAUGUGCCAGUAGUUCUUCCUACUUGCUAACCUCCUGGCUACCUUUGGUCUGGGACUUUCUGAGUUCAGGGGGGAUCUCUGGUCUCAUGGACCCUGGAACUCUGCUGCUUUCCAGGUUGCAAAAUGCUGCCAUGCUAGAAAAAAUCCAAGUUGGGUUUGUGUUGUAAAUACGCCAACAUUAUUUAAACUUAAUUCAAAUUAAUGUUUUUCUAACAAGCGAUUAAUUUUUCAAAGCCUAAUUUUUUAUUAAGUCUAGUUCUAAAAAGCUUGUGUCGGUCAUUAAUUUCUUAGAUUUAGUGUAUUUCUAAACAGCAGCACAGAGUUACACUUUCUAGCAACUAGACCUUCAUUAUGUUUAAAAAUAAAACCUUAAUAUAAUUCUGUUGUUCCAAAAAGACAACCUACAGAGCUGGUGGACACCAAGAGCGAUUGGAAAUGGGGAGUCUUAACUGAAUGAAGUGAAUGUGAAGUACUGUUGCUCCCCUUUUAGGUUUGUUGGUCAAAGCAAGCAUUAUUAGAAUGUGGCAUUUCAGCAUUUUAUAAACACAUGGGAUUAAGUCUCCACAUUUUGAAUCAAGUGUUGUCAAAUGUGUACCUGUUCCAUCUUUGAUACAUACUAGCUUAAAACACAUGGAGGAGAACUGAUGAAGGAUGCACUGCACAAAUAAAUUUGAUACUUUUUCAAAAAAUUGGAUGGUCUUUAUUUUGACUUGAAGCUCUGAAGUGUCAUCUCUAAGGCAAAUAAUCUGCACAUUCUAUGUAUCUAAACUAUGGCCAAAUACAUGUAGUAAUUCAGGGAAAUCCUUGCAUACACCAAGAAUAAAUAAAAACUUUUUUAUUCAUGACA